AUGGGUAACUUGCCAGUCGACACGCUACGGCCACUGGACCCCGACACCUUCGCCGCCGACUCCUCCGCCGUCGUCGACUUCCUCGCCGGCUACUACCGCGACGUCGACAAGUACCCCGUCCGGGCGGCCGACCUCGAGCCUGGCCGCCUCCGCAAGCUGCUGCCGGACGCCGCGCCGGAGUGGGGGGAGCCGAUGGAGAGGAUACUGGACGACGUGCGGCGCGACGUGCUCCCGGGGCUGACGCACUGGCAGAGCCCCACCUUCUUCGCAUACUUCCCGAUGAACGCCAGCGCCGCCGGGUUCGCCGGCGAGAUGCUGUCCGUGGGGCUCAACGUCGUGCCGUUCGUGUGGGUCGCGUCGCCCGCGGCCACCGAGCUGGAGGGCGUCGUGGUGGACUGGAUGGCUCGGCUGGUUGGCUUGCCCGACCGCUUCGUCUUCUCCGGCGGCGGCGGCGGCGUCCUGCAGGGGAGCACCUGCGAGGCCGUGGUGUGCACGCUCGCCGCCGCGCGGGACCGCGCGCUGAGGAGGAUCGGGCACGAGGGCAUCGUGAGGCUGGUGGUGUACGCCUCCGACCAGACGCACGCCACGUUCCAGAAGGGCGCGCGGCUCGUCGGCAUCCCACCGGCCAACUUCCGCGUCAUCCGGACGACGGCGGCGUCGGGCUACGCGCUGACCGGCAACGCCGUCCGUGCCGCGGUCGAGGACGACGAGGCACGCGGGCUGGUCCCGCUGUACCUCUGCGCCACGAUGGGCAGCACCGGGCUCGGCGCCGUGGACCCCGUCCGCGAGCUCGGGGAGGUGGCACGCCGCCACGGCAUGUGGCUCCACGUCGAUGCCGCCUACGCCGGAAGCGCGGCGAUCUGCCCGGAGUACCAGGGCUACCUCGACGACGCCGAGCUCGCCGACUCGGUGAGCAUGAACCCGCACAAGUGGUUCCUCACCAACAUGGACUGCUGCUGCCUCUGGGUGGCGAGCCCCGCCACGCUCACCGCCGCUCUGUCCACCUACCCGGAGUACCUCAAGAACGUCGACGGUCCCGCCGGCGGCGCGAAGGCCCCGCCCGCCGGCGUCGACUACAAGGACUGGCAGAUCUCGCUUUCGCGCCGGUUCCGCGCCAUGAAGCUCUGGUUCGUGCUGCGCCGGUACGGCGCCUCCGGCAUGCGCGCCUACAUCCGCCGCCACGUCGCGAUGGCCGAGUGGUUCGAGCGCGCGGUGAGCGCCGACGAGCGGUUCGAGGUGGUGGCCCCGAGGAGAUUCUCCCUCGUGUGCUUCCGCCUCCGGCCACCGUCGACCGACCAGGCUAGCGACGACGGCGGCGUGAACCGUGAGCUGGUGGCGGCGGUGAACGCGAGCGGGCGGGCUUUCAUGACGCCCUUCGUGGUGGACGGCAAGUUCGUGAUCCGGCUCGCCGUCGGCGGCGCCAUGACGGAGAUGAGGCACGUCCGCGACGCGUGGGAGCUGCUGCAGCGCACGGCCGAGCAGCUUCUCGGCCAGCGCCGGUAG